AUGAAGUUAACGUUGUUUUUUCUUGCAAGCUACAUUGCGCUGGGAACAGCAGUUCCAGAGAGAGGCUUGUUCCUGAACCUGGGAAAUGGAGAGCUUUGCAUUGGAAGCUUUCAGUGCAAGAGCAGUUGCUGUCAAAGAGAGACUGGACUGAGUCUUGCAAGGUGUGCCAGUAAAGGUGCUGAAAGAAGCGCCUGCUCAAAUCAUCUCUUGUACAAUGUUUAUUACAAAUGUCCCUGCGAAAGUGGCCUAAAAUGUGACGGUGAUAAAUCGAUCAUCGGAUCCAUAACCAACACGAACUUUGGUACUUGCAAGGACCCCAACAGUAUUGCUUAA